AUGACCACACCUUCCAGCGUAAUGCCACAUCUCCGGAAAAAAAUACAUUUUCUGCUCAUGGUUGGAAUAUCAAACGAAAUUUCAAAUUCACUCGCUAGCGAAACAUUUGGUACCAUGCAAACAACAAUCCAACGCUCUUUUUACAAUGCAAAUUGUAUCCAUCAGAUUGCUCUACCGCCAGCGAUUUACGUCCCAAAUUACGUCUAUGAAUGCUAUAAUUACGGAAAAGUGCAAUCGCCAUCAACCGUGUCCCAAUGGUCUUCUUUUAUGCAAGAAGCUAGAAACACAACCGUAAUUGCCGAUUAUGACUUUAGAUGGCCCGUAGUCCCUCCACAAAUCUUUAUUGCCGCCAAAGGAAAUCUAGCAGACGCUAUGGAAGACAUUGUUUUGAAAAUUAUCGCCAAUCUUCCUGAAUUCCGAUACACCUCAUGGAUAUCUCGAGUAAAUCCUACCGCACCCAUCAACCGGGUCGAUUGGCAAUUGCGCUCAAAUGCUACUGGGGAAUUGAUUACGUUCAUUGCACUGAGAACGCAAAUUCAGCUCAAUACGCAAUGCAAACACGGGUCCAACAUCGUUCAUGAGUACCAAAAUAAUGUUGGCGAUCUCAAAACCCACAUCGAUCUCGUUUACGAUUACAUGGUCGAAAAGAGGCUCCGCUAUGGUGUUCUAACUACUUAUGAAAGAACUUGGUUUUUGAAGCGUUCCGAGUCUGAUCCAUCGCAUCUCCUGGUUUCAGACGUGCAAAUGCGCACCAAUCGCGUACCCACGUUAAUUCAAGCAUUGUAUUACAUUUUCCAACUGGCAAGUACGGAUAACGUAUGCCUAUCGUCCAUGAUCACCCCUGACAGCAGGUGA